UAAAUCGGAUGGCAUUGAUUUAAUGAAGGUGUUCACCUAAGACACCAAUUGGUCGAUCGCACCAUCCAUCAAGCACAGGGGCGGGUCAACAUUUCGAAAGGUGUUUCCGCUAUGCACAGUGUCUGUGUCUGUGCAGAUUGCACAUGCUCUGAAGUUUAGCGCCUGGUCGUGUUUUUGUAAUAUUUUCUAACUGAAUGCAUGUGUUUGGCUCCUAAUGUAGUUCGGAUAUUGCAGGCCAACGAGACAGGUUCAUAUUAAAAGUACAGAACGACAGGACGAGAAGACUGAAAAUGGAUGUCUCGGGUGUAGAGCCAGAUGACGAAUCAUUUCCAUGCCCACAGUGCAAAACAUCCUUUUCUGGGGGGCAGGAGCUGGAGAGGCAUAUGAAGCAAACACACCAUGUGGAGAGACUGAGCGUGACUGCUGGGUCUGAGCUUGGGAAGGGGCUGAGCGACUUGGGAGCCUGCAAGAAAGCAAGCCAGGGGGUCGUCCAUGGAAGACCUGUGUGUAACGAAUGCGGGAAGAGUUUCUGGGACUCCUCAAAGCUUAAAAGACACCAGCGAAUUCAUACAGGAGAGGCCCCGUACGACUGCAGUGAAUGUGGGAGGAGGUUCGGUCGCUUGGAGCAUCUUAAACGGCACCAGUACGUGCAUGCUGGAGACCCCUCCUUUCCUUGCACCGAAUGUGGAAAGUGCUUCAGGGCUCCAGGACGCCUUAGAAGUCACCUGCGAACUCACCCGUGGCUAGUCUUGCACUGGUGUACUAAGUGCGGAGACAGUUUCAGCCAGGCGGAAGAACUUGAGAAACACAAGGCAGUCCACGCCAGGAAGAGCUCGUAUGAGUGUUUGGAAUGUGGGAAGAGUUUCAAGGAGGCUGCGAAACUUAAAAGACACCAGCUUGUUCACUCCAGGGUGAUCUCGUUCCUUUGUUCCGAAUGCGGCCAGGGAUUCAUUCGCUCGGAGCACCUGAAGAGGCAUGAGCUGGUGCAUACCGGAGAGACCCCCUAUCACUGCUCUGAGUGUGGGAGGAGAUUCAGAGACUCGAGAGGCCUCGUCCAGCACAAGCGCAUCCACACUGGGCAGCUGCCGUACAGGUGCGCGGAGUGUGGGAAGAAUUUCAGAGAGAAGGGAAAGCUGAAAAGACACCAGCGAGUUCACACAGGAGAGACCCCCUAUGCCUGUACUAAAUGUGGGCAGAGGUUUGGACGGCAAGAGCAUCUUAAGAAACACCAGCAGGUGCACACAGGAGGACAUGUGAGCACUGAGCAGACAGACCGUUUCGCUCAGUUAGGGGCUCUUGUGUCGCACCAGCACACUCCCAGACUGGAGACUCUAUGUGCUAAAAGGGAAGAGGGUUUGAAAGGAGAACGCGCGGAGCAAAGCAGCGCAAGGGAAACGAAAACGCACGCCUGCACGGAGUGUGAGAAGAGUUUCGCUCGGCCAGACCAUCUUAAAAGACACCAGAAAACUCACACGCAGGACCAUCGCUGUGCUAAGUGUGGGAAGGCUUUUCCAGAGGAGUGGAGACUUAAAGAACACCAGCGGACUCACAUGAGGGAAGUGCACGAGUGUAAUGAAUGUGGCAAGAAUUUCAAACGGUCAGACUAUCUUGAAAAACACCAGCAGAGCCACAAGGGAGAGAAUCCUUAGUGCUGUACCGUAUACUGGAAGGGAUACUGCUGCUUUAGGAAGCAUUAUAAACGACCAACUAGUGUAGCUGCACCAACAGAGAACAUGCACUGUAAUAAAUAUAGUACUGAACAAGGGACGAAAGUGUUAAGAACUUACAAACAAUUAGAAUAAUGUACUCCCUUUGCAGGCUCAAACCUUCCUAUUCAUCUCUACACAGUGUGACAAUAGCAAAUACUCACUUUAAACAGGCAAUGGAACGCAGCUGUACUGUGAUGCUUUCUGUGCUAUUAAUAGAAUGAUAUUAUAGUACAGGACAUACGCAAAUGUUUUGUUACAUUUAGUAAAAAAAAAUAUAUAUUUUAAAAUGAUUCAAGAAAGCCCUGGCUGUUGUUUGUUUAUUGCACAAGUUGUCAAUUCUAUGGCAUAAGGACUAGACAGUGAUUAAAAUGUUUGCGAGUCACACAUAGAUUUACUUAGUGGCUGUCUUUAUUAUUAUUAAUUUCUUAGCAGACGCCCUUACCCAGGGCAACUUACAGUUGUUACAAAAUACCACAUUUUUUUACAUACAAUUACAUUAUUUUUACAUACAAUUACCCAUUUAUACAGUUGGGUUUUUACUGGAGCAAUCUAGGUAAAGUAUCUUGCUCAAGGGUACAGCAGCAGUGUCCCCCACCUGGGAUUGAACCCACGACCCUCCGGUCAAGAGUCCAGAGCCCUAACCACUACUCCACAUUGCUGUCCUAUACUGAAUGAAUUCCAAUCAAGCACUACCCAUAUACAAUGCAUUCUUCAUGUAGACACGGUGUGAAGUGUGGAAAGAGCUUCCCAGAUUCAUGGAAACUGAAAAAACACGAGCAGAGAAGUACAGGACUAUUCAAUGUGGGAAGAGUUUCAGAGGGUUGGGCUGUCUUCAAAAACACCAGCAGAGCUUCACUGAAAAAAACCCUGAGCCUCUCAAAGCAGACUGUGAGACCUUCUCAUCCUCAUAGACCCGUCAAGGGGCAAGAACACACAGACACACUUCAGACAGGCAAGAGUGAGUACUAAUAGUGAAACUCUCCUGCCUUCUCACAGACCUGUCGAGGUACUAGCACACACACUCACAACAAUCUAGAGGGCACACUGAUGGGAUGGAUGAGGGUUAAUAUUACCUGUAACUGCUUCACAUUUUCACAGACCAGUGUUAUGAACUCACUCUCGAUCUUAAACUUCUGAUCCAAAGACAAACUGAUUGGUC